AUGGUGAUUACCGAUGGUUUUAGGUUUUUAUGCGUAUUUUCUCUCGCCGUAAAACAGUGCUUAGACGCAACCAGUACGACGCAAGAAACAGUGACUUUAACAGUUGCACUUUCUGGUACUACCGCGAAUGAAAAGUUCUCUUCAGAAAAAACAAUCCUUUGGUCAGAUGCUUCGUACAAUCAGCCGAGAUUCAACAAACUAUCCAUAUGGAGUCCACGUGCCGUGAUAUUCGCUAUGAAUGAAACCUUUGGCACAGAACUUUAUAGUAUCUCUAUAACCAAAACAAACUCCAUCUAUGUUCUUGAUCAUGCAAGUGGUGAAAUACAUGUUUGGACGAGUGACACUUCCAACUCUACCAAUACAAUAGCAGCUAAUUUUACCAACCCAGCAGCGAUCUUUGUUACAAGCAGUGGCGACGUCUUUGUUGAUAAUGGAAACAUAACUGGUCAAGUCGAUCGAUGGAUGGCAGCCACAAAUACUAGUGUUCCUAUCAUGUAUGUGAAUUCAUCGUGCUAUGGUCUAUUCGUUGAUGUCAGUAACUCGCUGUAUUGUUCCAUGCAUUUCGAACAUAAGGUUGUGAAACGACACUUGGGCGACAACGACACAACAUUAAUAGUUGUUGCUGGUAAUGGUACAAGUGGCACUCAGGCAGAUACGCUUUCGAAUCCUGUUGGAAUCUUUGUUGAUACUAAUUUCGAUUUAUACGUAGCUGACUACGGAAACAGUAGGAUUCAACUCUUUGCAUCCGGAACAUCCAAUGCGAUCACGAAAGCAAGUAGUAGCUAUUUGAAUCGGCCCAGCAGUGUAGUUUUGGAUAAGGAGAAAAAAUUAUAUGUCGUUGAUAACCACCAUCAUCGCAUUGUUCGAGUAUCCGAUGCAGGUUUUCAAUGCAUUAUUGGCUGCUAUAGCAGUGCCGCAGCUAUAAAUGAAUUGUUUCUUCCAUGGAGUAUGGCUUUUGACAGUCAUGGCAACAUAUAUGUUGUUGAUCGAAACAAUAGCCGAAUCGAAAAAUUUCUUUUAUUGAAUAAAACAACAGAUAUUUCAUAUAAUCAACCAAGCUUAGAUGAUCAUCGCACUUGGAAUCCAACUAUGAUCAUUUUUGCAGAAAAUGAUACCGUCGGUACGAAAUCUUACGGUAUUUUUGUCAACAAAAGCAACUACGUUUACAUCGCUGAUUAUGAAAAUCAUGCAGUACACGUAUGGUCGAACACCUCUAAUCAUUCACAGAAAAUAACAUACAAUAAUUUGAUGAAUCCAGCAUCUAUAUUCCUUACUUUAAAUACCGACGUCUUUGUUGAUAAUGGAAACAUAACUGGUCAAGUCGAUCGAUGGAUGGCAGCCACAAAUACUAGUGUUCCUGUCAUGUAUGUGAAUUCAUCAUGCUAUGGUCUAUUCGUUGAUGUCAGUAAUUCGCUGUAUUGUUCCAUGCACUUCGAACAUAAGGUGGUGAAACGAUGGCUGGAUGGCAAUGAUACAUUAGUGACAACUGUUGCUGGUAAUGGUACCAGUGACUUUCAGGCGAACACACUUUCGAAUCCUGUUGGGAUCUUUGUAGACACCAACUUGGACCUAUAUGUGGCGGAUUACGGGAACGAUCGAGUUCAAUUGUAUCGAUUUGGAGAUAUGAGUGGAAUAACAGUCGCAGGAAGCUCAUCAGUAAAUCAAACACUUCCACUGCAUGGUCCGACUUGUAUUCUACUCGAUGGAUACAAGUACUUAUUUAUUGUAGACAGUAACGAAAAUCGUAUCGUUCGAUCAACAUCAAGUGAUUUUCUAUGCAUUAUUGGAUGUUAUAGAAGUAGUGUAGCAUCUAAUGAAUUAUUCCUGCCCUGGAGUAUGGCUUUUGACAGUUAUGGAAAUAUUUUCGUCAUUGAUCGAGAUCAUAGACGAAUUGGAAAAUAUAUUUUAUUGAAUAACACCGAGGACAUAUCAUAUAAUCACCCAAGUUUCGAUACAGUGGAAGCUUGGAACCCAAAUGCAAUUGUAUUAGCUUCGAAUGAUACCCUUGGCACAGAACUUUAUAGUAUCUCUAUAACCAAAACAAACUCCAUCUAUGUUCUUGAUCAUGCAAGUGGUGAAAUACAUGUUUGGACGAGUGACACUUCCAACUCUACCAAUACAAUAGCAGCUAAUUUUACCAACCCAGCAGCGAUCUUUGUUACAAGCAGUGGCGACGUCUUUGUUGAUAAUGGAAACAUAACUGGUCAAGUCGAUCGAUGGAUGGCAGCCACAAAUACUAGUGUUCCUGUCAUGUAUGUGAAUUCAUCAUGCUAUGGUCUAUUCGUUGAUGUCAGUAACUCGCUGUACUGUUCCAUGCACUUCGAACAUAAGGUAGUGAAACGAUGGCUGGAUGGCAAUGAUACAUUACUGACAACUGUUGCUGGUAAUGGUACCAGUGGCACUCAGGCAGAUACACUUUCGAAUCCUGUUGGAAUCUUUGUUGAUACUAAUUUCGGUUUAUAUGUAGCGGACUAUGGCAAUGAUAGAAUACAAGUUUUCACCUUUGGAGACAUACAAGGAAGAACAGAAGUGAGUGGCAACCUUCUAAAUGGUCCCAGUGGUAUUAUCUUAGACAACAGCAAAUACUUGUUUAUUGUUGAUAGCAACAACAACCGAAUUAUUCGAUCAACUCAUAUUGGCUUUCAAUGUAUCAUUGGCUGCUAUAGUAGUAGUUCAUCUACCAAUGAAUUAUUUCUUCCAUGGAGUAUGGCUUUUGAUAAUGAUGGCAACAUAUAUGUUGUUGAUCGAAACAAUAGCCGAAUCGAAACGUUUCUUUUAUUCAAUAAAACAACAGAUAUUUCGUACAAUCAGCCAAGCUUCUGCCCGUUAUCAACUUGGAAUGAAAGUGUAGUGACGUUUGCGAAUAUUAGCACAGUUGGAAAGGAACCGAACGGGCUUUUUGUCACUAAAAGGGACCUCGUUUACAUUGCUCAACGAGAUACAGGAAGGAUACGAAUUUGGGUUAAUAGCUCAUGGAGUGAAACAACUUCGUUUGCCGGCUAUCACAUGAACUCAUCCAGCAUUUUUGUUAGUACAAAUAACGAUAUUUUCGUCGAUAACGGUGAUAGCGCUGGCCAAGUUGAUAAAUUGACAGCAAACCAGAAUAUUAGUACUCCAGUGAUGUAUGUCAAUUCGUCAUGUUAUGAUCUCUUCGUUGAUAUCACUAACUCUUUGUAUUGCUCCAUCCAGUCUCAACAUACAGUUGUGAAGCGAUGGCUAGCUGACAAUGAUACAAUCUUGACGACAGUCGCUGGCAAUGGCACCGCUGAUCUCAAACCAAAUAGACUUUCACAACCCGCUGGUAUUUUUGUCCACGUGAAUCUUCGUUUAUAUGUAGCCGACUAUGGAAAUGACAGGAUUCAACUCUUCUUGUUCGGAGAGAUAAAUGGAUCGACUAUUGCAGGCAAUACGUCAAUGAACUGCACGAUUACACUCAAUGGGCCCACUGAUGUUUUACUCAAUGAACACAAAUAUUUGUUUAUCGUGGAUAGCAACAACCAUCGAAUCGUUCGAUCUGGUCCAAAUGGUUUUUAUUGUAUAAUUGGAUGUAAUGGAGGUGGUUCAUCGUCGAAUCAAUUGUCAUACCCAGAUCGAAUGGCUUUCGACAGCAACGGUAGUAUCUUUGUUACUGAUACAGAGAAUAGCCGUAUCCAAAAGUUUUUGAUUUCAACACUCAGAUGCAAUUUGCCCACAAGUCAACAAACGGUUUUCACUUCAACGGCACUAUCAACCCAAAUAAGCACAUUUUCACAUCAAGGUAUAUCUCCUACGAAUGUGUCAGACUCAACAACACACGUCAGUUCAUCAAUGACUACAUCUUUAUCUUCAACAUCAUCCUCUUCGGUAUCGACUUUUAUCGCACCUUCUUGUUCAUCGAAUACAAUUGGCAUCACCUGCAACAUUUCGUCCACACCCUGUCAAAUCAUGCAACCUUGUCAGAACGAUGGCACCUGCUUCGAUAAUAACAUCAACAGCAAGAGUUAUGACUGUUUGUGUCUGAAAGGUUUCAAUGGAACGCUUCGUGCCGAACUUCGUGAACAUCUUACACCUUGGUUUUCCUAUCUGAAACUUUUUCUCACCGCUUUAUAUAAACUACCAUCAAUCAAAAGAACAGUUUGGCGUGGUGUCCAUGGCGAUGUCAGUGAGCAUUACAAAAACAAUUACAUUUGGUGGGGUUUUAGUUCGUGCACAGAAACCAUGGACGUACUCGAACAAUUCAUUGGUCGAACAGGCGUACGUACAAUUUUCAUGGUUGACUGUUUAAAUGGUAAAAAUAUCCGGAAUCAUUCUGUAUAUGAGAAUGAAAAUGAAAUUCUUCUCAUGCCUGGAACCUAUUUGCUUGUAAGAAGUAAAUGGAGUCCAGUUGACGGGUUACACAUGAUCCAUUUAGAGGAAGUUAUCCCUCCGCAUCGAUUAUUAGCUCCACCCGUUGAUAUAUCUUCACUUACAAAUAGUUCUAUUUCCAUAGAAACUGAAGUUCAAUCGUUAGACCUUCCAAGAGAUCGAAUAAAUCGUUCAGACAAAUUUUGGCUCGAUCGUCAGAAUCAGUACAUCGAUCAUCAAUCUACUAAAAUCCGUAAUCAGCUCGAAUGCGAAAUUCAAGAACCUUCGGGAAAUAUUGAUCAAGCUAUUUUGACUCGAAUUCAAGGCUCACUGAUUGGGCUAGCAUUAGGUGAUGCUCUUGGUACACCUGCUGAAUAUCGAACACGACAUUAUUUACUUGAACAGCCAGUGACCGAUCUGCAAGCAGGUGGAACAUGGAAUCUUGAAAAAGGACAGUUUACCAGUCAAACUUCCAUGGCACUCUGUUUAGCUAAUUCAUUGAUUGCACGUCGAGAUUUUAUUCCAUACGAUCAGUUAGUUCGAUACAAAUGGUGGUAUAGAGAAGGUUAUAUGGCUGUGACAGGAAAAUGCUAUGAUAUUGACGCAUCCACAAGUCAAUCGAUACGCGAAUUCGAACGUCGACAAAAACAAUUUGCCGAGAAGCAUAAUAUACCUGUGGAACAACUGGAUUAUCUCUCGGAUUUGAAGCUUCUUGACAAGUUCAACACGUUCUGUAGCAAUGAAACUGCCGCUGACAGCGGCGCUCUCGUGCGUCUAGCUCCCGUGCCACUGUUUUUCUGGAGAAAUCCCAUUGAGGCCGUCGAAUUUUCAGGUAUUAGCGGAGAAAUUACACACGGAGAUCGAAUUGCUUACGAUGCAUGUCGAUACUACAGUGCACUCAUUGUUGCAGCUUUUCAUGGUGAAACCAAAGAUCAGCUAUUAGAUAAAGAUUUCUAUACAAAACAUAAAAAUUGGUUUUACAAGUAUCCCCUCACACCGGAGAUUGUCAAAGUCUCUCGAGGAUCCUAUCAGCGUGAAGAUGGAUAUGAGAGUGGUAUUCGAGGUAAAGGAUAUAUUGUCAGUGCUCUAGAAGCUGCUCUAUGGGCGUUCUGGUGCGAUGAAGGUUCAUUCGAGAAAGGAGCUCUUUCUGUUGUUAAUCUUGGCGAUGAAACAGGCUCAACAGCAGCUAUUUAUGGACAAUUAGCAGGUGCUUACUAUGGUUAUGACAAUUUACCUGAACACUGGUUGACGCAUCUCUAUGCUCGAAACUUUAUUAAAAGCUUGAGUAGAUGGAUAGCUUACGAAGGACAGCAAUGGAAAUCGACUCAAGAAUGA